AUGCCAAAUGUUCCAAAGAUUCAAGAUAGGUUAGUGAAGAACACUGAGGAUGCUAAGUGUCAAUGUUUCUAUGAUCAACUAAAACAGCUAUCGAUGAAUAUUUUGUUUCUUGAUGCCUUCCAAGUGAUGCCGAGUUUUGCAAAGUAUUUUAAGGAUCUAUUGACGAAGAAGAGGCCGAUCAGGCAUGACACAGUGACUCACUGUGUUAGUUCUGUAAUAUCUAUAACCAGGGUUCAGAAGAAGGAGGAUCCAAGGGCUUUUACUAUUCCAUGCUUUGUUGGCCAUCAUGAUUUUGCUCGUGCUCUCUGUGAUAAUGGGGCUAGCAUUAACCUAAUGUUGCUUGCUAUCUAUAAGCAAUCGGGGUUGGGAAUUCCUAGACCUACUAGCAUGCGACUACAGAUUGCUGAUAGAUCUAUCAAAAGGCCAGUUGGGGUUGUUGAUAACGUGCUUGUUCGGGUUGGAAAAUUUUUUCUACAGGCAGAUUUCGUGAUUCUUGAUUUUGCUGUUGAUCGAGAUAUUAAUAUUAUUAUGGGGGAGACCUUUCCAUGCCACCGAAAGGGAUCUCAUGGAGUCAGAGAGGAACGAGACCAAAUUUUGUGCUAA